AUGUCAAGCUCUGCAAGCGCGCCGCAGAAAACACCAUGGAGCUACUCGCGACUUGGCGUUCCCGCUACACAUUGCAAUGCACACCCAUCACUCUCACACAGACAAUAUUUCAGCUGGAACGGUGUACCUUGUAUUGGGCGUCCAAGCAGCCUCCGGACCCCGGGUAACUCAAGACUGCUCUGGGCCAGCAAAAGCUCUUCCAUCAGUACCUCGUCGAAAUCGGGAAACCUUGGCAGUGCGCUACAACCCAUCCAAACUUCGACUUCCGCGUCCUCCUUCUCCGCUACUCCAUUCGAACAUCUGGAUACAUGA